AUGCCUACUAUGGUCAAAAAUAGUUUGGCAUUUUUUGAUAGAAUGAAUGCAAUAGAUAAACAAUUAGCAAAGAAUGAGAAAAGUGAAAAAGCUACUGAAAUUAUACAAAAACAUCUUGAU